AUGUUAGCCAGGAACGGUCUGCGUAUUCCUGCUCUGGGCAACCCCAGCCGCUUACAAACCUUAUGCCGGGUGGAAGAUCCUCAGUCCCUUGGCAGGGCUCACACCAUCUCUGGGGAUGUGUACCCUUCUUCUCUUCAAGGGAAAGUAGCCAGGCCCUUCAAUGAAUUGCCUGGGAACUGGAGAGCCAGCUGGUUGAACUUGUACCGCUUCUGGAAGGAAGAUGGUUUCGGGAACGUCCACAACGUUCAGAUCCAGAAUUUCCAGAAGUUUGGGCCGAUUUACAGGGAGAAACUGGGCAAUUUUGAGACCGUCAGUAUCAUCGACCCUGAAGAUGCCGCCACUCUCUUUAAAACAGAAGGCAAGUACCCAGAGAGGUUCACUAUUCCCUCUUGGGUGGCCUACCGUGACUUCCGGAACAAGCCGUGCGGAGUGCUUCUCAAGAAUGGCGAGUCUUGGCGGCACGACCGCCUGACGCUGAACAAAGAAGCCUUGUCCCCUAAGGUGACCCACAACUUUGUGCCUCUCCUGAACGAGGUGGGGGAGGACUUUGUCAAGAUGGUCUACAAGCAAAUCGAGAGGGGUCAGCAGGGAAGAUGGACGGCUGACUUGACCAAUGAGCUUUUCCGUUUCGCCUUGGAGUCGGUUUGCAACGUCCUGUAUGGGACCCGCCUGGGCCUCCUGCAGGAUUUCAUUGACCCAGACGCCCAGGAGUUCAUCGACGCCAUCACAACCAUGUUCCACACCACAGGGCCGAUGCUCUACAUCCCACCAGGCCUUCUGCGCAGGGUCAACUCCAAGACUUGGCUGGAUCACGUAAAGGCAUGGGACUUUAUCUUUGCGCACGCUGACAAGUUUAUACAGAAGGCCUACCGAGACCGCCGUUUGAACCAGAAAAGCACUGAAGAAUAUGUGGGCAUUUUAGGCAGCCUCUUACUGCAGGAUAAGAUGCCUAUGGAAGAUAUCAAAGCCAACGUGACAGAGAUGAUGGCAGGGGGGGUUGACACGACCUCAAUGACUCUCAUGUGGACCAUGUAUGAACUGGCUCGGGCUCCUGCCUUGCAAGAACAGCUGCGGGCAGAGAUCCUCGCCGCCCAGGCUGCUGCGAAGGGGGAUAUGGAAACGGUGCUGAAAUCGGUCCCAUUGUUGAAGGCUACCAUCAAGGAGACACUAAGGCUCCACCCGGUUGCUGUGACCGUACAAAGAUACACGACGGAAGAGAUUAUCCUUCAGAAUUAUUUCAUCCCUGCCAAGACACUGGUGCAGGUAGGGAUUUAUGCCAUGGGGCGGGACCCCCGAUUCUUCACCAAGCCUGAGCAGUUUAACCCGGAAAGAUGGCUGGACACGGACUCCAAAUACUUCCGGGGACUGAGCUUCGGUUUUGGGCCACGGCAGUGUGCCGGCCGCAGGAUUGCGGAGAUGGAGAUGCAUCUUUUCAUGAUCCAUAUGCUUGAAAAUUUCAAAAUCGAAACCAAGAGAGGAGUGGACGUUGGCACCACUUUUGAUCUUCUCCUGGUCCCAGACAAACCGAUCUACCUAACGCUACGGCCUCUCCAUCCAUGA